UUUUGCCUUUUUGCCUUAUUUGCUUCAUUCCAAAUGUGGCACUUUCCACAAAUAGGGUACAACAAAUUAUUUAUUGAUAUUUAUUUAUUCAUUCAUUACUUUUUUCAUCAAAUGGUCAGCAAAGGAAGUCAACUUUAGGAGGUCAACCCGUUUUUUAUGAUAGCUGUAUUUUGUAUUCAUUUUCUAAAGAAUUGCAGUUUUUACUGCAUAAAUUUGGCAUGAAAUGAAAACACCCUGUUUUCUAAAUGAUCAUGUUAUAGAUUUUAUAAACUUUUUAUUUUUAUUAUUUUUAUUAUCUUGUGAUGUGUAAUCAAAAUGUUAUAACUGGAUCUUCUUGGAAUACUCCAAUCAUGUAGUCCGCUUAAACUCCGCCUUUCGUUAAACCCCGCCUUGCUUUCAUCUGCCUCCAUUUUUGCAAUGUCCAUAUCUAAAAAUCCCAUUAACAACCGAUUCAUUUCUAAUAUUUAUUUAUUUUAUGAUUUGUGAAUGUAGGAUGUUUUUUUUUACAAACAUCAAUGUAAAAUAGAAUAAAAAUAUGCAAUUAAAAACAUUUUUUUAAGUUUAUAACUAAGUAAAUUAUUUAAACUAAAAAGUAUGUCAGCAUUGCACGUAUGCAGUACAAAACAAGACGACGAUUUGGACGACAUUUCUGUAAAGAUAUGUACUUUAAACAAUGGAUAUUCUAGAAUAAAUUACCAAAUUACCGACACCAACACAUGACAACAUUUCAACAUUCCAGAAGCGACGUCUGGAUUUGGCGCCUCCACUGUGUACGUGCAUACGUCAUUGUGGAAUGCCAUCAGACACGCCCAUUACUUCCAUUUUAGCCAUGUGGCUAUGACCACAAACGACUGCACAACCGAUCCGUUUGUUUAUGCUUUGUAACUAAUAUUGUGCAUGUUCAGACCGCGAGCAAAAUGUCCGAGUCCGUGUCCAGGUUUCAAGCCGAGGUGGCAGCCGUCAUGGAGGUGUUACUGAAGGUGGCCGUCGUGGAGAUAACGAAAGUUUUCGAAGGACGAGCAUUGGAUUGCCAUGGCUGCACGGUCGAGAGAGAAGCUCGGAUCAAGGAAAAUCUAGUGUGUGUCCCUGACAUCAGGGCUCAUAUGGAAAGUGCAUUGACUAAUCUCUCUGACAAGAUGGUUUGUAGCGUCGGUGUGCAAGUAGGAGAGACACUGCUUUCCAACCAUCAGGAUCAGUGCAUGCCCACUGAGAGAGACAAGAUUUGUCUGCAGGAAUCCAGAGGAGAGGAGGGGCUUUCUCCCUCUGAAGCUCUCUGCAAGGAGUCUCCAGAAGCUGUGGAUUUGCAAUGCAUGGUUGACCUUCCAUGCACUAUCUUCAAAGAAACUGGGAUUGGUAGAGAAGACAGCUUAAUUCAUGAAGUCCCAUGGACAGAUGAGUUAAAGACACCAGAGACAAUUGAGGAAAAUGGUCUUCAGGGACUUGAGGAAUCCUCUUCACACUCUGUAGUCGAUCCAGAGUCUCAUCCGUUCAUCUCUGUUUUCGGUAGCAUUCCCAGUGCAGACCUUUCCACUGACACUAUGAGCCAGUGGGACCUCAGCCUUAUGGAAGUCAGUUCUUUGCCAUCUGUCGGAAAGUCACCUCCCACAGAACCUCCGCAGUCCAGCAAAACCUCAGCAGAGGCCACUGAACUCAGCCAGGCAUCAUGCAGCAGUGCUGCGAAUGCCCAGAAGGUGCGUUUCCAGCUAAGCCAAACGCCGUUCGAUUGCAAACUGUUACGGCCUUGCUCUGUGCAGCUUGUGAAUCUCCUGAUGCUGUCAAGUGUGCAAAGGCCAAACGGUUUCAACAGAAAAUGCUUCUCUACACCCAAAGACCUGCGAACCCAUCAGCGUGUUCAUACGGGACGUCGGCUGUGCUGCUUUAAAGAGUGCGGGAAUGGCAUUUGGCGCCUACAGGGUGUUCUCACACACGGACAUGCUUAUGCCUGCAAGAUCUGCGGCAAGAAGUUCAAACGCAAGAAGAUCCUGAAGCGGCACGAGCGAUUUCAUACAGGUGAAAAGCCAUAUUCGUGCAGGAGGUGUAAAAAGACAUUUGCCCUGAGGAAGAGCUUGCGAAGACACGAGCGCUUCCACACUGGAGAGAGACCUCAUGUCUGCCCACACUGCAGGAAAGGCUUCCGUCUCAAAAACAAUUUGAAAGCUCAUCUGCGCUUUCACACGGGUGAAAAGCCCUUCAUGUGCAAUCAAUGCUCGAAGGGUUUUAGGAUCCACAAGAACCUUGAGAAACACAGGCUCACUCACGCGCCCCCAGUUAGCUUUCGUACUAUUCAAUAACCGACAAACGUUAUGUGACUUAAACCAAAGGCCAUAUUUCUACCUCACAUCAGAACCACUGUAUCCAGCCGGUAAAUACAGCACGCAAUGGCAGUAAGAACGUCAGGGCAACUCAUUUUGUGUUCACUUUUUCUCUGUUAUGUUGCAGAUGUUUCUAGACAGUUUUCUUCUAUUGUAAUCUUUGCCCCCGACCUCAUCUGUAGUAAUCCUAUACCACCUUCUUGUUCUUCAUUAGGAUCUUGGCCCUAAGUGUGGAGUGUGGCACAUACAGGGCAUUAGAGGGCGCAGUCAUGCAGUCCAAUGCAAGUAUGACUGAAUCUUGCUUGAUGUAAAUAUUAAAAUCAUAGUUCUAGGAUGGUUUUAAACUCUUUAUUUUUCAAAGAAUGAGUUUUUCUGCUGUCAUAACUCUUUUAACAACCUGAACCUUUUAACUUGCUUGUCUGAACCCAUUCAAGAGGGUUAAUGUGUGGGUGAGCACUGGAGAUGAUUGGAUGCUGCAGGAUUCACAGGGCUUUAUAUGACCUUGUAAACAUUUUUUAAGAGAUUUUUAAAACUUCACUUUCUUAGCACGCUUUGUUCACUUCAAGCAGAUUUUUAAAAAAGCUAAAAAAAAAAAAAAAUGCUUUAACAAUACUGCUUGCAUUUUUCUUUUUUGUCUUUUAAAUGUACUUUUUUGCAUUUAAUGUGAUAUCUUUGUUUGGACCAAGCAAAAAAUUUUCUCUAAAUCGUAAAUUGACGUUUUUUUUUUUUUUUUUUUUUUUUAAUGUAUAAACUUGAAUUUCUCUCUUCUUUUGUUUUCGUUUUUCUUUCAGAUAUGUUUUGUCAAUCACUUGUUUUUAGUUUGAUAUAAAACAAUCAUGUUGUAACUUAGAUUUGUGAGUUUGUAGCCAACAAAUGAAAUGGUUUCACUAUAUUUUGUUUUUCCAUUACACAUAGCCAUUGACAAACAUAUAUAGUUUCGUUUUGAAUAAACAAUAACCUUGUCUUUGUU